ACAACCCAGUUAUCAUUCUUCUCCUAUAUAGAUUCCAUACUUCCUCAGAUCUCUUGAUAUAUAGCUUUACACAUAUUUUUCAAUGGCUUCUCAUGUUCUUUUGUUAGGGUUCUUGGCCGUAACUUGUUCCAUUGCUUUGGCUGACGAAACCCCGCUUCAAGACUUUUGUGUCGCAGAUCUUAACAGCCCUGUUUUCGUUAAUGGAUUUGCGUGCAAAGACCCAAAGCUUGUGCAAUUGGAUGAUUUCUUCUUUAGUGGGCUAAGCAAGGCAGGUAACACAUCGAAUGCUUUGGGAUCAGAGGUCACCCAUGGAUUCGUAACCAACUUUCCUGCACUUAAUACACUUGGCAUCGGCAUGGCCCGUAUUGACUUUGCACCGCACGGGCUUAACCCUCCACACUACCAUCCUCGGGCCAGUGAAAUUUUGACUGUCAUUGAAGGUACCCUAUUAGCAGGAUUUGUCACCUCCAAUCCUGAAAAUCGGCUGUUUGCGAAGGUACUUCAGAAGGGUGAAUCAGUUGUGUACCCAGAGGCUCUUCUCCACUUCCAGCAAAACGUUGGAAAUUGUAAUGCAGUUGCCCUUGCCGUCUUUAAUAGCCAAAAUCCUGAUGUUAAUACCAUUGCAAAUUCAGUGUUUGGUUCGAAUCCGGCAAUCUCUAGUGAUAUUCUCGCAAAGGCAUUCCAAGUGAGUAAGAGUGUAAUUGAUGAUAUCAAAUCAAAGUUCUAAGGAAUAUUUGAUUAAUUUGAAGCUACUCAAUAAAGGAUGGGAUCAAACCCAAGUUUUACA